AUGAAAGCAAAGCCAAUUUGUUUUGCAUUUUUAGCUUGUUGGAGUAUAAUUACAGCACAAGUGACUACCCAAAUACCAGUUGCUAGCCAACUUAUUUCUAAUGAAUCCAUGUGUCAGAAUAAUAGAGACUUAAUUUACAAUCCUGAUUAUACUGAUGACAAGCAUCCAGAAAUCCAAGACAAUAAUUGCAAUUUAAAACCGCACUUGAAAUGCACCAGAAAUGAUUGUAAACCUAGGAACCAUUUUGGAUUACCUGCGAAUAAUACUUUAUCUUAUAAUCUAGAUUAUAUUGAUGACUGCAUUACAAAUAUAUAUAGGCUUGUGGAGAGAAGUUUUUGGCUCAUAUAUUUUAUUGUUAAAUCUAAGCUAUUUCUGGAUAAUAAUGUUGUUGUAGGGCAAGUAAGUGGAAUUUAUUAUAAAUUAAAUAUUGCAUCCAGCUCAAGUUUCUAUGAAUUGCAUGAAAGGGAGCUUGCGAAUAUCAUAUUUUACAUGACUAAUAAAUUUAAGAUUUACAAUCCUUAUGAAGAGGAAUAUUUUGUAAUGUUAAGUAAACAGCAAGUUAUUUAUGCAACAUUGCUCUUUGGACCCACUAAAUCAAUAUGGGCUGCAUCUCUCGAAGGAGUGAGAUAUAUUGGCAACCAUGAAAUAUAA